GUAAAGAGCGACUGGACCUUGGACAGCCACCAAGCUGCGUGCUGGUGUAGGCGGCAGCACCGUGGACAGCGCCAAGCACCGCCGCUCCGGGAGCCAGGGGCGGGGAGAGAGGCGGCUUCAUCAGCUGAUGCCUUACGUAGCGCUGGAUCCCCACUUUGCUAAGGCAGGUCCGGGUGGGCGCGCCAGCGUGCAUUUUCGGAGUAGCUACCCCAGGCAUGGUGGAGAGAGGCCAGCGCAGGGCAGAAGACCAUCUCUAGAAAGCAGGUACCUGCGUGGCUUCUUCAGCAUCCGGCUGUUCCCCAGGGCGCCACUGCCCGGAGAAGGGGGGUGGGGGAGCGGGCAGGGAGCAAUCCUGGACCAGCGACUGUUCUGACGCACCAGCUGGGUUCCAGGAAUCCACCGGCAGAGACGAUCCCAAGGAUGCUCUGCUGCGGGAGACCAGACAGCGGUCUCCGCCGAGGUGAGGAAACGCAGGCAUGUGAUAGAUUAGGCGGGCCCUGGCUUCUAGACUCAGCCCCUUGGGUCUUCUUUCCAAAUCCCUAAGGAUACGGAGACUGCGCGGCUUGCAGCCUAGCUCCUCUCUGCCACGGUCUCCUCCAGACUCUCACUGUUUGGAGAUUGGGGCCAGGGUCACAGCUCUUGGCAGAAACCUCUCCACUAGUCAGUGGUCGCAAACAUCUCUAGAUUGACUCCCGUGGGCUCGGUGGCUACACUGAAUCUGAACGCAGGUGUCCUGGACCAGCGAUGGAUCUGCCUGUAAACUUGACCUCCUUUUCCCUCUCCACUCCCUCUUCUUUGGAACCCAAUCGCAGCCUGGGUGCGGAAGACCUGCGCCCUAGUCGGCCCUUUCUCUCAGUUUUCCGAGUGCUAGUUCUGACCUUGCUAGGCUUUCUAGCCGCGGCCACAUUUGCUUGGAACCUGCUGGUGCUGGCCACCAUCCUCAGGGUACGCACCUUCCACCGCGUCCCACACAACCUGGUGGCGUCUAUGGCCAUCUCGGAUGUGCUGGUGGCUGCGCUGGUCAUGCCACUGAGUCUGGUGCACGAACUGUCCGGGCGCCGCUGGCAGCUGGGCCGGCGGCUGUGCCAGCUGUGGAUAGCGUGUGACGUGCUCUGCUGCACAGCCAGCAUCUGGAAUGUGACAGCCAUAGCCCUGGACCGCUACUGGUCGAUCACACGCCACCUGGAGUACACACUCCGUGCCCGCAAGCGCAUCUCCAACGUGAUGAUCAUGCUCACCUGGGCACUCUCUGCGGUCAUCUCUCUGACCCCGCUACUGUUCGGCUGGGGGGAGACGUACUCUGAGCUCAGCGAGGAGUGCCAGGUCAGUCGCGAGCCUUCCUACACCGUGUUCUCUACCGUGGGCGCCUUCUACCUGCCGCUGUGCGUGGUGCUCUUUGUGUACUGGAAGAUUUAUAAGGCCGCGAAGUUCCGCGUGGGCUCCAGGAAGACCAACAGCGUCUCCCCCGUUCCUGAAGCUGUGGAGGUGAAGGAUGCUACACAACAGCCCGAGAUGGUGUUCACUGUCCGCCACGCCACUGUGACCUUCCAGACAGAAGGGGACACGUGGCGGGAGCAGAAGGAGCAGAGGGCAGCCCUCAUGGUGGGCAUCCUCAUCGGGGUGUUUGUGCUCUGCUGGUUUCCUUUCUUUGUCACAGAGCUCAUCGGUCCCCUGUGCUCCUGGGACAUCCCUGCCAUCUGGAAGAGCAUCUUCCUGUGGUUGGGCUAUUCCAACUCCUUCUUCAACCCCCUCAUCUACACAGCCUUCAACAGGAGCUACAGCAGUGCUUUCAAGGUCUUCUUCUCUAAGCAACAGUGAGGGGCCGUCUGGGAGUGCCUUCUUCCCGUAGCUCAAUGGACUGUCCCGUUCCAUGAACCUUUGCAGUCUGCCCAGCAGUGCUGAGGACAAGAUCUGUCUGCCAAGGGCACCAGGGUCACAUCAGAGCUCAGCUCACUUCACGUCUGUGCUCAUAGGUUGGGAGUUGUCUUCUCCUGAAGGCUCUGGUGGCUUAUGCUCUCCCUCACUCUGUACCAGCAGCCACGGACUUGGCCCACAAAGUGCCCACCCAAUCCUCCUCUAAAUUCACUCUAGCGUGGCCAUGAGAAAAGCUGACCAGAGCAGACAGGAGGGAGGAGAGAGGGAGUGAACCAGCUCCGGCAGUUAGAGAGGCAGAAACAAUGACAAGACCUAGAGCUGCCGGCAAUCACACACACCUGUAAACCCAGCACUCGGGAGACUAAGGCAGGGCAAUCUCAAAUUUCAAGCCAGCUUGGGCUACAUAAAGGGUUCAAAACCAGCCUGGGCUAUCUAACGACAACAACAAAAUAUUGCAGAGCAGCAGAUACGGCCUAACUUCCCAGAAUAGCUAGUCAUCACGUCAGAGUUCUGCUCUGUGGUUCGAGUGUAUGCCCUAAUACUUCCUGGGCCCUUCCUGAUAUCCAACCACAAAAUUCUGUCCCUAAACAUAGCAAAGCACAGUCCCACUUGUGAGGACAGUGAUUGUUGUCUUUACUGUUUUGUUCAUGGUAAACACACACACACACACACACACACACACACACACACACACACACACACACACACUGCAGAAAAGGACAGUUUCCAGUUAAAAUAAACUUAGUCACCUUGGAACUGGAAAAAUGAAAUAUUUCCUUUCAUUCUGAAACAACUGUUCAUGGAAAAAUAGGAAAAAAAUCCACUAAUGUCACAGAAUUUGUCAAAAUUAUUUAUUUGC